AUGGCUCAAGACGACGCCGCCUUCGGCGCUCCAGGCGAGGAACCAACACCUACGCCUGCGGCCGCGCCACCCAUCACCUCAGAUUUCAUGAGCUCCGUCAUGGCUCGACUCGCUCGCCAAGACGAAGUCCAAAAGACAACCAAUGACCAACUCGCUGCGUUGGUCGCGGCGCUCACAGCUCCUGAUGGACAGACGAGCCGUCCCCAGCAGAUACGCCGCCGCCUCUUCAACACAAACCCUACGGCAACCGGAGUCGACCAUAUCUCUGACGACUCGGAGCCUAACGAAGCCCUUCUCGCAGAUGCUCUCCCAGCAGGUUCAGAUCUUACGACAAUACGCGAGCUCGCCGAGCUCAAACUCAGCCUUCAACAGAUGGGCGAGAAGAUCCACCAAGUAACCAGCGCAGCUCCGCAAAUCGAGAGUGUACUCGCCGCAACCUCGCGUACUCCUUUUACUCGCGCGCUAACUAGCGUGCAACUCGGAAAGAUAGAAAAGCUGCGCCUACCUAAGUAUAAGUCCGGUGGAGACCCGGUGGAACAUAUGACAGCUUUUAACAUCGCGAUGGCGCGAGCUCGACUCCCUGACGACGAAAGGGACGCAGGUUACUGCCAGCUGUUCGUUGAGACUCUUCACGAGCAAGCCUUGACUUGGUUCUCCCAGUUGGAGGAGAACUCAAUCGGAUGUUUCCGCGACUUAUCAGCAGCUUUUCUCAAGACAUACAUCAUGUUCACAAAGCGCAGCGCCACCGCAUCCAGCCUAUGGAACCUCAAUCAGAAGAAGGACCAGAGCCUGCGCGAGUACAUGGAAAAAUUCAAAGCCGUGGUGUCAAAGAUUGAAAUCCCAGACGGGAUCGCUAUCGACGCCUUGCGCAAUACCUUAUGGGUCCACUCUAAGUUCCGAGAAGACCUGUACCAGAACCUGACUAAGUCGCUCCAAGACGCUAUCGCACGCUCUGAUAACUUCAUCCGGAUGGAAGAAGACACCAAUGCAAUUCUCAGCAAGAUGAGCACGCCCAAGGCUCCAGCGGCUAAGAACGCAAAUACGCGACAAGAGCCGCGCCAGCACGCUCCAAACGACAAAAACGGUCGCAAAGACGGAUACAUGUAUGUCGUCAACGAGAAUAACGUACCGAUCUCUACUCUCGUGGUUCGCGGAGAGGGGUGGAACAAGUGGGCAAGAGAACUCGAAUCGCCCGACAAACAAGUCGACACUGUUUGCACCACCCAACCUACGGCGGGAGCCGGAUCAACAGCGGGGCCUUCCAGGACUGUCGAUCUCACCAAGCAUUGCAAAUAUCACGACGUCAAGGGACACGAUACAACGGAAUGCAAAUCUCUCUACGCACAUUAUCUCUCAUCCCUUGCGAGCGGCGAGUUUAAGUUCGAGCCCUUGAAAGCUAAACCAAAGAACGAUAAGAGCUGGAGCAAGAAUAAGGAAAGAAGAACCCAGCGCAAAGCCACCGGCAAAGGUCGACAAAACGACGCUCCGCGACGAGACGACGAGGAAGAAACCCCAAAGGAUAACGGCGAGGGAGACUCCUCAGCCGACGAAGAGCACCCGGCUAAUCGCAGACGCAUCGAGGUCAUACUCUCUCAGCAAUCCUUGUUGUCCGAUGAAGAGAACGACGAUGCACCUGUACCCGGAGAUCUGAGAGACGUCCUUAAAUGGAAGUUCGAAUCAGAAAAUGAAGGCGCUUCCAAGCACAGAGAUCUCCGGACGAUGCUGGAUGCACGGAAGUCUCGGCGCAUCUCGGCAAGCGACACUAACAACAACGAAGGGCCAAUUAGCGACCUCCGAGAUAAACUCAAUGCCGGCGCAUGCGAUCUUCGCGUGAAGCUCAACCGUUCAAAACCAACUGACUUACGACGACAGUUGGAGCAAGUUAAAGGUCAGUCUCAACCUUCACCACCCGAUACCAGCAUAUCCAAAUAUCUCCGCGCCUUACUAGACUCUAAGCGAGUACAAACGGGACAGUCUUUGAACGUUAUCAUGGGAGGCUCCCCCCCUAGCGGAGACUCAGUCCGUUCCGUGAAAGAUUAUCGUCGACAAGUUGCGACGUCCCAGAAAUGGCCGACUAAACCGACAAGUCAUCCUCCGAUAACCUUCUCACCAGAUGACGCUGAAGGUGUUCACGCGCCCCAUAAUGAUCCACUCCUCGUCGUCCUUGGAAUUGGAGAGUAUGAUGUCACCAAGAUCCUUAUCGACACCGGAAGUUCUGUCGACCUCAUCUUCCGAGGAACUCUGCAGAAGAUGGGAGUCGACCUCGACGACAUAAAAGCGUCCUCCAUAACGUUAACCGGCUUCAAUGGGUCUUCCGAAACUAUCUUGGGAACGAUCCGCCUCCCGGUGCGUGCAUGCGGCGUUACUCGAACUGUCAAGUUUGCCAUCUGCGUCAAGUUCCCUGGCACGGACGGGAAGAUUAAAACGUUCCGCGGGGAUCAGAGGGCCGCCAGGGAUCUCCUAGUCGCCACAUUCAAACUUCAACGGUCGUCACUAUCCGUUAACUCAGUAUCUCCUCCAACCUCAAAAGUCUACUCUCAGGAAAGCGAAGUUCUCGAGUUACCUAUUGACGACGUCGACCAGAGUCGAACCGUGAGGGUUGGCGCAUACCUUUCUGAGGAAAUGCAGCAGUCAGUUCUGGAUUUUCUCAGAAAGAACGUGUCCACGUUCGCUUGGUCUAUGGCAGACAUGAAAGGUAUUGAUCCGACUAUAACGACUCAUGAACUAAACGUCGACCCAACGUUCAAACCUAUCCGCCAGAAGAGACGUAAACUCGGUCCCGAUAGGUCUAAGGCCGUAAAUGAAGAACUCGACCGGUUACUCGGUGCAGGUUCGAUUGCCGAAGUCCGCUACCCCGAAUGGUUGGCGAAUCCAGUAGUCGUCAAAAAGAAAAAUGGCAAGUGGCGCGUCUGCGUCGACUUCACCGACUUGAAUAAAGCCUGCCCAAAGGACAGCUACCCUCUUCCCAACAUCGACCGUUUAGUCGAGUCUACGGCUGGAAACGAGAAGCUAACCUUCAUGGACGCUUUCUCUGGAUUCAACCAGAUAAUGAUGCACCCGGAUGAUCGCGAGAAGACAGCCUUCAUCACAGAUAGGGGAACCUACUGCUAUAAGGUUAUGCCGUUCGGCUUGAAGAACGCCGGAGCAACCUACCAACGGCUCGUAAACAAGAUGUUCGCAGAUAAGUUGGGUAUCACCAUGGAAGUAUACAUCGACGACAUGCUGGUUAAGUCGCUCCACGCCACGGAUCACCUCCGCCACCUGCAAGAAUGUUUCGAAACUCUCAACAAGUACGGCAUGAAGCUGAACCCGGCAAAGUGCACGUUCGGAGUCUCCUCUGGCGAGUUCCUCGGAUUCAUUUCCAGAUCCACCGACAAGUGCUUGCCCUUCUACGAUCUCCUGCGAGGAAACAAGAAGUUCAUUUGGGACGAGAAGUGCGAGGAGGCAUUUACUCAACUCAAGCAAUACCUGACAACACCUCCUGUACUCGCUAAGCCGGACGUCGGUGAUGUUCUAUCUCUCUAUGUUGCAGUAUCACAAGCUGCAGUCAGCAGCGUCCUGAUAAAAGAAGACCGCGGCGAGCAAAAGCCCAUUUUCUAUACGAGCCGGCGCAUGACCGGGCCAGAGACGCGAUACCCAACUCUGGAGAAGAUGGCUUUAGCAGUCGUCGAAGCAGCGAGAAAGCUUCGACCCUAUUUCCAGUCGCAUUCGGUGGAGGUGUUGACUGAUCAGCCUCUCCGAACGAUACUCCAAAACACCAACAGAUCUGGCAGACUCACAAAGUGGGCCAUCGAACUCGGCGAACUCGAUAUCAUCUACAAGAACCGCACAGCAGAGAAAUCCCAGGUUCUCGCGGACUUCCUGGUCGAACUGGCCCCAGAAUUGGAGCAAGAUCUCACACUCCCAAGUUUGAACUGGACGCUGCACGUCGAUGGAUCAUCGACCAACAAAGGAGCAGGUGCCGGAGUCCAAUUACAGUCCCCGACCGGAGAGCUAAUCAGACAGUCUUUUAGCUUUGGCUUUCCCGCUUCAAACAACGAAGCAGAAUACGAAUCUCUGAUCGCCGGACUCCGCUUAGCAAAAGCCGUAAAAGCUAAACGACUAAACGCCUAUUGCGACUCCCAGUUAGUCGCCAGUCAGUUCAGUGGCGACUACGAUGCCCGCAACGAUCGAAUGGACGCCUAUCUCAAAAUAGUGCAAAGCCUGGCAGCAGAGUUUGAGUUCUUCGAACUCAUCAAAGUUCCCAGAGGCGAAAACGUCUGCGCCGAUGCCCUCGCGGCCCUUGGCAGCAAGCUUCAUGAUCAAGUUAAACGAACCAUCCCGAUACAUCGUAUCGAGAAACCAAGCAUCGAUAUACUGACCGACCAAACCCUCGUUGCCCAGGUCGCCGAGCCCAUUGCUCCAGACAACGACGGAUUUGGCCCAGAUUGGAGAACCGAGUUCAUCGACUACCUCUCGAAGGGGGAACUCCCAGCAGAAAAAUGGGCAGCUCGCCGGCUAAAAACCCGCAGCGCCCAUUACGUCGUUCUUGACGAUGAACUACACAGAUGGACGGCGAGUAAAGUGCUCCUAAAAUGCAUCCAUGGCGACGAGACAGCAAGGGUUAUGGCAGAGACACAUGAAGGCGCUGGCGGAAAUCAUUCGGGCGGACGUGCGUUAGCAAUCAAAGUAAGAAGCUUAGGGUUCUUCUGGCCAACAAUGAACGCUGAUUGCGAGUCUUACGCAAGACGCUGCGACAAGUGCCAACGACACGCACCCAGCAUCCAUUGUCCAACCGAGAUGUUGCGAACAACCACUGCUCCAUACCCAUUCAUGCGAUGGGCGAUGGACAUCAUAGGACCACUUCCUUGUUCCCGCCAAAGACGCUUCAUCCUCGUCCUCACCGACUACUUCACCAAAUGGAUCGAAGCCGAAGCAUACGCUCAAGUCACAGACAAAGAAGUCCGCGGUUUCGUCUGGAAAAACAUUAUUUGCCGCCACGGUCUGCCCUAUGAGAUUGUCACCGACAACGGUUCGCAGUUCAUGUCAGGCAACUUCAAGGAGUUCUGUGGCAAGUGGAACAUUCGACUAAGCCCCUCUACUCCUCGUUACCCGCAAGGUAAUGGCCAGGCAGAAUCCUCCAACAAACUUAUCAUCGAUGGCAUUAAAAAGCGUCUGGACCUGAAGAAGGGUCACUGGGCUGAUGAGCUCGAUGGAGUCCUAUGGAGUCAUCGCACGACUCCACGAGGAUCGACUAAAUCGACACCUUUCUCUCUCGCUUACGGCGUCGAAGCCAUGGCUCCUGCUGAAGUUAACGUUUCAAGCCUCCGACGUUCCAAAAUACCUCAAUACGUCGAGCUGAAUAAGGAGAUGCUACUUGAUGCCCUCGAUGAGAUAGAAGAACGAAGAGAUCAAGCCCUGCUGCGCAUCCAAAAUUACCAACAUCAGAUAGAGAGUUACUAUAACAAAAAGGUCCGCGCACGACCUCUGGAACUCGGUGACCUCGUCAUGCGCAAAGUGUUUGAGAACACCAAGGAACUCAACGCCGGUAAACUCGGCGCAAGAUGGGAGGGACCUUACAAAAUCAUCAAAGUCAUCAAGCCUGGCGUGUACCGACUACAAACGUCGCGCGGCGAAGAAGUCCCACGAUCAUGGAACUCAAUGCACUUAAGACGCUUCUACCCGUAGGGGUAUUCUUUUUAAAAAAAAAAAAAAAAACCCGAGUAGAUACACCUCCGAGGUCACUUCUACUCAACCGAGUAAAUGCGCUAACAACGGCCACUUUUACUUGGGAAAACACGAACUACGAAUGGCUUGAUCCUCAAUCGAGGUACGUAGGCAGCCUUAACGGGCCCAGCUAUACAAAACCAAAGUUAAAACCUUGUUUAGAUCUCAAUCGAGUAAACAAUGAUUUUCGCCUCUAACGGCUCCCAAUCCUCCAGCAGAGGACACGCGGACGCUCACGCCCCUUUAUCCAUAGCUAUGUCCUGAUCAGACACUUAGCUCAAGGACCAUACGGUCGCAAGUCACCUAUGCCCAAGAGCAUUGACCGGCCAGAUAGAGUGAAUCUUCGCCUUUCCUCGACUAACGCUUAACGGACUAGCUACCCGUUUACUCGAUCGUCACUAAGAAAACGGACGAAAGAACCUUCCACUCUUAGAUUCAGUCCCUUGCUUUCGAAACUUGAAUACUCGCUUAGGCGUGAUCUCAAAUCGGAAAUAUAACAAGAUCUGAACGAACCCUUUUUGGCGGUUUUGUUUCUUUAUCUAUUUGCAAAAGCUAAGGUUCAGAAAUCUAAACGUUUCUAGCCGAGUAUAUCGCGAAACAGUAAGGAUAACUGAAACACUACUUAGACAAAUUGCAAAUACAGAUAAGGAAACACCAGAAAACGCCGACUAAAA